GCCAAUAAACUCCAUUAAAGAAGAAGAAGAAGAAAAUGGAAGCAGCAGAAGAAGAAGCUUAAAGAGUGAUUUCCGGGGUUUCUCUACAGUCGUAGUUCUUCUGGUUGUGAACUGUUAACUGAGGGACUUUGUGUUUGUAGCGCUCCGAGUUCAGUUUGACUGAGUCUAAAAACUCAGGAAGGAUCUCCGCUCCAUGGACUGUCAUUGGAAAGUUUAACAGUAAUCCAGACCAUCUCCAAGUCCAGUUCAGACGGACCCAGAACACGCAGAUCCGCUCCAGAACCGGCUUUUCGGACCUGAGACACUUUGGUGAGUCGACAGUUCAGAUCAUAGAAGACUAUGGUGAAGUUUAACGGAGACAGAUAAUCUCUUUAGGAGACGAUAAUCAGAUAAGAAACAUGUCUGCUGAUGUUUGGAGAGAUCUCAGUUUAACAGUUGGACCUGAUCGAAGAGAAGAAGAAGAACUUUUUUAAUCCCUGAAGGGAAAUUCAAUUGUCCGUUUUCUCACACAAUAUGCCUCUAAAAGUUAUCUACUAUUUACACAAGAGUUAUAAAGCCUGAUGUCUGUUGGUCCAAAGAUCUUCUGAAUCUUUCUGUCCUGCAGUGAAGAGAGAGGAGCCGUCCACCACCAUUGGCGCUUUGGUCCAUCAAGGUGUUGUGAAGUGGGUGAUCCAUGUUCUUUAGAAUAGUCUCCACCUUCCUCAGUGUAGAUCUCUCCACCACAUCCUCCACAGAGCCAGCCUUUUUCAAAAAACAUAAAACAUCUGCAGCAUCUAACUACAGAUGUCUAUUGAUCGGAGUCUUCUCAGGCAAAAGAGGCGGCUCUGCCCCUUUCUGUAGAUGAAGUAGAUCCAGUCACUGAAGGCUCUUAUCAGAUCUCUGUAUUCAGCUUCUUGUCCAUUUCUGAUACAUGCCACAAUAGCGGUGUCAUCUGAGUAUUUCUGGAUGUGUCAGGACUCAGUGCUGUAUUUGAAGUCUGACGUAUACAGUGUGAACAGGAAUGGUAAUAGCACUGUCCCUUGUGGAGCCCCUGUGCUGCUCAUUAAUGUCCCAGAAACACAGUUCCCCAACAAACUGUGGCCUUCCUGUCAGGUAAUCUGUGAUCCAGGGUUCUGAGUUCUGGGUGUGAUUUUCUGAAAAUGAAACAUUUUCAUCAGUUACAGUCUGUAAAGUCAAACUCUGUGACAUGGAUUUGAACUGAGGUGCCACAGUGUGCUGUUUGUCAAACCAUCCUUGGCGGAGACGUCCUAAUCUCAGGACGUUCAUUUUUGAAGCAUAUGAAAGUCCAGUUUUCCCCUCCAAACAGUCUCUCUUGCUCUCCUGUUCUCUCCUAAAUCCCCUUGCCUGUUUGUUUCAGAUCUUCACCCCAUCUGGUGUGUGUACACAGCAGACCAUGAUUGAACCGGAGCUCUUAACGGAAGUUCCAGCGGCACUGAAGCGGCUCGCCAAGCAGGUAGUAAGAGGUUUCUAUGGGAUCGAGCACGCUCUGGCCCUGGAUGUGCUGAUUCGCAAUCCGUGUGUGCGAGAAGAGGACAUGCUGGAGCUGCUGAAGUUUGAUCGUAAGCAGCUUCGCUCGGUACUCAACACCCUGAAGUUAGACAAAUUUGUCAAGUGCCGUAUGAGAGUAGAAACAGCUGCUGAUGGGAAGACAACAAGACACAACUACUACUUCAUCAACUACAGGUGAUAAUCUUCUGUUGUGUUUGCAUGUGAUGGUAAUAAUAGACCUUCUUCUGUAUCCUGCAUCCUGAGCUUUACCUCCAUAACUUUUUAGGGUUUUGGUGAAUGUGGUCAAAUAUAAACUGGAUCACAUGCGGCGGCGAAUUGAGACGGAUGAGCGAGAUUCAACCAAUCGUGCCUCGUUCCGAUGCCCUUGUUGUCUCUCCACUUUCACAGACUUGGAGGCUAAUCAGCUGUUUGACCUCGCCACUGGUAAGCAUUAAAACGUGCAGUGAAAAUCAGUGUAUGUAGCACAUUUGCACCUUGUCAUUUAAUGCCUGAAAGAGUGAAUGGAUUUCAGCAGGUCAUAAAGUUGUCUGACUGUAGCUGAAUGCAGAGCUCAAAUUUAAGAUCACAUGAUUGGUUUGCUUUCAGCUUUGAUUUUUUUUGGUUUAUUUUAAAAAACUGUUUCUUGUGUGUCUGUAUCAGACAGAAUUGAGCUCCACUUUUCUGCAGCUUUGACUCAAAAAAGACGUUUUUUUCUUAAAUCGAACUGAACAGUCACCUCUCACAGGUGCCCUGGUCUCCCUCGCCGUGAUCCUGCAGAGUGUAAAACAUCUGAGAGGUGGUGGUCCCUGAUCAUGAAUUAAUUGAUACAGUGGACAUAUCAGCAAAACAAAGGAAACAGUCAAAAGUGGAUAAGUUGUACCUCUUAAUAAUGUCACAGUCAGUGUGUACAGUAAAAGCAGUCACACAGUAAGAUAUGUUCUUCUUACAUUCAUCAGGCGAGCUCUGACAACUCUGGAAACCUUUCUUGGAGUAGUGUGUGUUUAAACAACUUUGUGAACUACGUACAUGUGAACUACAUCAAUUUUUACACAGGACCACAUGAGAAACUUGAACUGUGUUGGAGGGCCGAACCAACUACAACCUCAACUUCAAAUUAGGCGUGUUCACACAUACAGAAAAGCAAGCCCAAAUAAGCAACUAGUAGUUAAAAACAGGCCCAAAAGAAGCGCAUCCGCGACUCAUGAAUUUUACAGAGAAACAAGCCUAAAGUCGUUUAUGAUAAGCCGACUUUGCAACUAUAAAGCGUCUAUGAAUAUUUUGCCAAUGUUUAAACUUGUCUCUGUUCACAGAUCUAGGAUGUAUGCACGUGCGUCCAAACGGAAAUAAAACAACGGCUUGAUUUUCAAAAUAAAAGCAACACACUUGCAUGACAGACCUCAGGAAGGGCCGGGCAGGGACAUCCAAAGGCCCGGAUGUGGACCUCGGGCUGUAAAAUGCCCAGAUCUGCUCUAUACAGUCUCUGGUUUCACACUCACACCUUUUCUGUUGGGCCAAACAGAAUUUACUGAGCCUGACAUCGUCUUCGGCUCUCACAGACUGCUUUUGUUUGUCUUCAAUAAGAAAUAUCACAUAACCUGAACCACAAUAUGGAAAACAUGAAUAAAGGAAGCAGGAGAGAGAAGCCAUCACUGACCACUGAGCUUGUUUCUGAGGAAGAGGAGGGGGCAAAGAGGACAUGAUCACUGUUGAUGAAAGUUUUAAUGCAUGGAUAGUAAUAAAGAGUAUUUCAGAGUUAAGGUAAAAUGCUGAACAACAACAAGAACUAUAUGAGCAGCUGAACAUGAUGCCUUUCUUGACCACCCACAGGUACGUUUCGCUGCACUUUCUGCCAAACAGAGGUAGAAGAGGACGCAUCGGUCUGUCCAGAUGCAAGAACCCUUGUGGCACGCUUCAACGAACAGAUUGAACCCAUCUACGCACUACUACGCGAGACAGAAGACGUGAACUUAUCCCAUGACCUCCUGGAACCUGAGCCUGCUGAGAUCCCUGCCCUGAAACAGAGGUAAACCUCACAGACAUACAACACUGUUCCACUCUUUCACAGUCAGCAUCACAUUCAUGUAGAAAGAUAAAGGUUUAUAAAACAAAGAUAAAAGUUCACUGCAGUAAAAAAUGCUUCUGUUAGAUAUCCUUACGUAUGUUUGUGCUAUAAGCAUUUAUUUUCUGGAGGCGUAGUAGAGGUCCAAACUUUUGGCCUGUAUACAUUAUUAUUUACAUAUUUAAUUUCUGCUGUAAGCGGUCAUUUCACAGAUGUUUGUAAUUCUUCUCCAAUAGCCGUGAACGUGCUGCAGCAUCAGGACCAAACGCUGCAAGCGGACCGCAUCGUGAAGCCUGGUCAAACAAAGGCUCGUCUUAUGCCGACCUGUACACCCAGAAUGUGGUUAUUAGCAUGGAGGAACAGGAGGAACAGCUGAAGCAGGCUAACGAAGGCAAAGCACCCAAGGAAAGGCCGGUCUGGUUGACCCAGAGCACUGUACAAGGUGCUUACAGUGAGCCUGACAUCCUGAAGAACCGUGAGUAUGGUCUUAUCAGUAACCAGAGCGUUUCAUCAUAUUUAAAACUUAGUGUGCAGGAGGACAUCUGUGGCAACCAGCUCCACAUAACUGUUGAAUUAACAGAAUAAGAAUAUUUAGUUGACUUCACCAAAAUUACACUUUAGCAGCCCACCUCACAACAGAAACCACUACGGGAAAUUUUUAGUGAAAAAUUUUUAAACUUCAGUCAGAGUUAAAAGAACUUAUCUACAGUCACAGAAUUGUUUUUAAGACCUUGUAUUUAAACAGGUGCAGACAUGGCGCCCAAAGCCCAGGAUGGAGAAGCUGGUCAUCGGAUCGCUCAGGUAGAUGACAAUGAGGAGGUGAUGCGCGCCCUGCUCAUCCAUGAGAAAAGAGGUGCGGCAUCAGGUGGUGGAGGUGGAGCAAGCGCUGCCAGCAGGGCGCUCACCUCUGCCACAGCGAACGCCAGUGACUCUGACAGUGACACCAGCGAAUCAGAUGACGGCUCUCCUUUAGUUCCUUCCACUGCCACAGCUGCUCACCAUCAGGCUGAUGAGGAAGAGGAAGAAGAUGAUGAGUUUGAGGAGGUGGGGGAUGAGCCUAUGGUGACGGUGGGGGGUCGACUGUUCUCAUACCGAGAGGUCAGCCAGAGGCCAGAGCUGGUGGAGCAGAUGUCUGCACAGGAGAAGGAAGCCUACAUUGAAAUGGGACAAAACCUUUUUCAUGAUAUGUACUUCUGAUCACACAUUCACUGUCACAGAUGUGUUCAUUAAGAGGCACAAGGUGAAGCUGUUGGAGGGGUUAGGGUUGAUCUCCAUGAAGCAGAUGUCUGAGAAUGAAAGCACAGCAUGUUGGUCAAUAAGUUCUACUGCGGUCUACAUCCUGCUCUGUGGUAAUAAAAACUAAUGACAUUGACAGUGUUUAAUAAAUGACUGUACCUUUUAUUA